AUGGUUAAAGAUCGAUUGGCAGAAUUUCAAAGAAAAAGUGGUCUCAAACUAAAUGAUAUUAGUAUAGAGGAGGAUAAUAAUGAUUGUAAUAAUGAUCUUGAGACUGGUAGAUAUAAUAAUAGCAUUGAUAAAAAAUUAAUUAGUAAUAAUAAAAAUAGUAAUUUGGAUAAUGUAGAAUUGUUUUUAAAUUCAGUUAGUAUUGUUCAUAAAAAUAUUAAAAAAUUAGAUGAAUUAUUACAAGUUAUAUCCGGUAAACAUAAUCAAAUAUUAAUUAGUCCUGGAGUACAAUCUGAGGUAACAAAAGAAUUAAAUGAUUGUGUAGAUGAAUUUAAAGUUAUUUCUUCAUCAACAAGAGAUUUUGUAAAAAGAUUAAAUAAUGAUUUAAAUCAAUUAGAAAGUAAUAUGUCUACAACAGCUUAUAGAAUUGAAAGAGCUCAAGUUAUGGCUAUUAAUAAAAAACUUAAUAAUUUGUUACAAGCAUUUAAUGAGGAACAAUUAAAAUAUAAAGAUAGGUGUACAGAUAAGAUAAAUAAUUUUUUAAAAAUAACAGAUAGAGAAAUGAAAGAAGAAGAUGUUGAUGAAGCUAUUAGAAAAGGAAGAUUAUAUGAUUUAACAGAAGGUUUAAUUUUAGCUACAAGAGAAAAACAAAUGUUAUAUGAAGAUGUCAAAUCACGUCAAGAAGAUAUUUUACGUCUUGAGGCAAGUAUUAGAGAGAUGCAUGAUAUAUUUCAUGAUAUGCAACUUCUAGUAGAAAGUCAAGGUGGAAUGAUUGAUAAUAUAGAAAUGAAUGUAAAUAAUGCUGUUGAGUAUGCCCUUAAUGCACAAAAAAUGGUUCAUCAGGCAAAAGAAGCUAGAGCUAGUGGUAGAAAGAAAAAAAUAAUACUUGUUAUUGUUUUAAUUAUUGUUAUAUUCUUAUUGUUCUCAAUUUUAAAAAGUCUUUUCUGUCUUUAUAUUCCUGUAUGCCGUAAAUAA